AUGGAGCGCAUCCUUUGGCUCGAUAGCCUCCGCGGCAUAGCCUCAGCUUUGGUAGUGAUACACCAUUCCAAGAGCUCGGAACCCAAGAGUAUCGUUGGGUUUUUGACCAGGUCCUACUGGGAUGAACCGGCCGAAGAGAAUCAUCGUCUUAUCCAGCUCCCGCCCUUCAGACUUCUCUUCAAUGGCCCAUCGAUGGUGGCUUUGUUCAUGGUGAUUUCGGGGUAUGCGAUCUCUCUUCCGCUUCUGCGAUGUCGAGAGGACAUUGGGGCAAGUAAUUCGGGGUUCUUUCGUCGAUUAUGCUCCGCUGCAACUCGCCGAAUCUUUCGAAUCUAUCUGCCCUCCAUCGCCAUACUAUUUCUCAGUCAAUUUGUGUACUUUUGCAAUGCGUUCCAGUGGAAAGCUGCAGAUGACUGGCUAGGCGGGUUAAAGCCCUUGACAGCACCAUGGGCCCAUAUCCAGUACGUGCUGUCAAGAAUAGUGCAUCUGCUGGAUAUCAGCAACCAUCAAGUCGACAUCAAUUUUGAUCACAAUCGACCGGAUAUGAGAACCAUAAAUUACCAACUGUGGACUAUGCCAGUUGAGUUCCGUGGCUCGUGUGCUGUCUACUUGUUGAUCUUGACAUUCUCAUUUUGGAGACCGCAGCCUCGAUAUCUGGCAUUGGCAGGUGUGGCGAUGUAUUGGUUUUACAUGGGACAUUGGGAUCUCUUCGCUUUCGUCGCCGGGAUUCUUCUUGCAGAGAGACACGCCGCAUCAGAGUCCGAACCAGAAGGAGAAGUUGCAUUAUCAUACUCGUGUUCACCUUUCGAGAGCCCAAAGCCCAUUAUCAAAGCCUGGAACAAAUUCAGAGAGAACAUCCAUCUCCAACAGCUCCCAACAUUAGUCUCUUUCAUGCUAGGGAUGUAUUUCCUUUGCAUGUGUGGCGCUGACCGGUUGGCACGGGAGUACCAAUGGCUGGCCGUGGCUCGAUCUCCCGAGUGGGAUAAUGCUGAGAUGAUGCCCCGGUGCUGGAGGAGCGUUGGAGCUGUUCUCACAAUAUAUGCAAUCAGCAAAUCUGCGCUGCUUCAAAGACCGCUUAACUCACGGCCAUUGCAAUACUUGGGCAAAAUCUCGUUCCCGCUUUACCUGGUCCACCCGACAGUCUAUCUCCUUCUCAAAUGGCCAGUUCGAGACUUCCUGUGGUGGGCAGUUGCAAAAACGUCUUAUCCUGGCACUGUCGAGGCGAGCAAGCACGCUCUACCAUUUUAUAUAGCAUGGAUUGGAACCAUGCUCGUGUUGGGUGUUGUUAUGGUGGUUGCAUCUGAACUUUGGAAUCGUUUCGUUGACUUGAAGUGCCUGGGACUUGCAAGGAGAUUUGAGAAAUGGGUUUCGUUUUAG